AUGGCGGCAUCCUUCCUGCCGCUUCACAAGCAGGCACCGCCGCGGUCAAACUCGUUCUCGAAGCUGACUGCUUCUCCCGGAUCGCGGCCAGACACGCCCGGACAGAUUAAGCGAGUAUCCCGGCCUUCGUCGUCUUCGUCGACCAGAGGAGGCACCAUGGGCGCCUCGCUUCAAUAUUUGCCACCAGAGCCCUCUUCUUCGUCUUCCCGGCCCAACUCGUCGUCCCGGCAAGGCACUCUUGCAGCGUCGCUUCAUCAACCGUUGCCCGAGCCACCAGCUCCGUCUGCAGAGGCCUUCGGUGACCUGCCGAACGCCGUGCCGGAGGUGUUCGAGGAGGUCGUGCCACCUCCACCUCCACCUCCGCCACAGACAGAGGAGCAUACGUUGGAGCACCUGUCUCAGGAGAAUUCUCUGAAGGAGUUGGGACUGGUUCGCCGGGACUUCGGCGACAACGAUGAUCAUCUGUCAGAUGAUGAUGUGCAGCCGCCACCUCCCAGGGGAGCAGCUUUGAGCUUUUCGUGCACCCGUGGGAAGCGAGACAAAGUUGCCGCUCUCAGCUUCUCUGGCAGCAUGUCGGAUGCCAAUCUGGCAGCCUCCCAGUGGCUCGGAACGAUGAGCUCACCUGCGGCCAUCCAGGGUACCAACAUGAAAUGGGUACGGGGUGAAAGCAUUGGUCGCGGCACGCUUGGAAACGUUUUCCAGGCUCUGGAUCAGGAAACCGGAUCACUCUUUGCCGUCAAGGAGGUGUUGAUCAACACGUCAGAUGCUGCCGAUCUUCAGUUCAAGCAUGCGCUGGAGAAUGAGAUUCAGAUCUGCUCAGCUCUGAAGCAUCCAAGCAUUGUCACAUAUCUGGGCCACGACUCGAUCGCUGAGAGCCUCUAUAUCUACAUGGAGUACAUGAUCGGUGGGUCGAUGUCCAGCGUGCUGCAUCAGUUCGGCGCCUUCGAGGAGGGCUUGAUCAGCAAGUACGCCCGAGAUAUGUUGGAAGGGCUGGACUACUUGCACACGCGAAGCCCGCCAGUCCUGCAUCGAGACAUCAAGAGCGCGAAUGUCUUGAUGGGGCAGAGCGCAGAUGGCGGAGAGCUCUGUGCCAAGUUGGCAGACUUCGGCUGCUCAAAGAGGAACGAGAGCACCCUUUCCCACACGCUGAAGGGCUCCAUCCCGUGGAUGGCACCCGAGGUCGUAAAUAAUGUCGGAUAUGGAAGGAUGGCCGACAUCUGGAGUUUCGGCUGCGUCAUCAUCGAAAUGGGCACAGCUCAACUGCCCUGGCCGAAGUUCGACAACCCGAUGGCUGCCAUGUAUAAGAUCGGCAUGUCCAGCGAGACGCCUCGCUUGCCGACUACCUUCUCCCAGCGCUGCGUCGACUUCACUCAGCGGUGUCUGCAGCGCGAGCCCACGCAGAGGGCUGGAGCAGCGGACUUGUUGCAACAUCCCUUCGCGGCUUGGUUGCAUCUUGGAAAACUUUGGGUUUGGGGUAGGGUUCAGAGGUUGACGGCUUGA